CUCUACAUGCGCUCUCUGAAACUGCGCCGGUUCUCUCGUCAAAUGUUCUUGUUCUAUAGCAGAAGCUGUUGUGGAAUGUGGAGCAAAGAUGAGAAAAUGUUUUGUUUGGUAUUAUGUUGACAGCGAUUAAAUUGAAAGUUUUUGCAACUGCAUGUGUCUAAUCAUUACAAUGGAAUCUUCGGAACGAUACGAGUAUGGUACAUGAAUGAUUCAGAUGUGGAUAAGUGUUUCUGGACUGGCAUUGCACCCCUUCCAGAAUGUCCUAUGCUGCAAAAGAAUUUCAAACAUCAGAAUUAGAUACAGUUGCAAAUGUGAUUGGUCUUACUCCUACAGAUCCUCUCAAUACAUUUGCAGAAAUGUGGUAUCAAGUAUUUCUGUGGGCCUUGUUUUCUUCUAUCUUCGUUCAUGUAAUUGCUGCUGCCAUAGCCUUUGCAACACUCAGGAAACACAAGUUUGGAAAGUUCUUUCCCAUUUUCAUCCUUGUGAUGGGUGUAUUGGCUCCACUAACAUCAGGUGUGGUAAGCAGCGCAGCAGUGGCUUUUGUGUAUAGAGCUUCCAGUUUGCAGAUGGCACCACUGUAUGCAUUGGUCUGGGGACUGGGGCAGACUUUCUUGGCUGCAUGCAUCGGCUUCACUCGAAUACUUGCCACUUUAUAACACUCUGGUAAUCAAAUGAAUGAAUGUGGAAGAAGAAUAUUAGCUCACACUUUUUCAGAAUUCCCUGACAUUUUGCUGUCUUGCUUGUUCUCUAUUAUUAUAGUGGGACUGCAUCCUGAAAGAGUAUAUUGGUCUCUUAAAGUUGUAUAUAUUUUUGUAUAUUUUUGAUUUAUUUCACAAACAUUAUAUUUAUUUUUGAUGUUUAGACUCAGGAUGCAUCCUUUACAGACAGAAACAUUGAGCUCAAAGCACUAGUCAUAUUGGAAGUCCCUUAGAGGAAGAAUGAUUGUAAAUAUCCAUGCAUACAUCAGUUCUGUGUUGAAGGUGGACAGAUAAUUUAUAUGAAAUUCCUACUAAUUUUUUGUUUCAGUUUCAUUUUGGUGUAAAUAAUUUUGUAAUUUUUGUAAGUAUUCUUUUAAAGCUUACAGUCAACUCAUUCUCAGACUUAACCCAUUCACUGUUUGCAUGACAAGUUGCCAUGACCCUGCUGUAUACCAGGUAGACACAUUUAAGUGACGUGGAGCUUGUUGCUUUGUCACAACUGUCAGCAUGUUGUGGAAGUUACAAGAUUUUGUACACAACACAGUGGUAGUUUUACCAUUUGUGGUUAUUAGGUUUAUCAAUUUCUGAUUCAUGUAAUAGGUAGAACAGAGUUUUUCAAUAUUCUUUGUAGAAACUGUUCUAGUUGCAGUAAUAUGUUUGUAAGAUAAAAUUUCUUAACUAUAAUGUCUGUAUUGAAAGCUGAUAUACGUGAUAGAAACAAAAAACUGGAAAGAAGCAACCAUACUGACCUGGAAGAAUAAUCAGGAAUACACUACAUGAGAAUCUUCUAGACCUGAUGUCCAGAAUUGUCCUGAGUCAGAUAGUUGCUAUGCUUGACAAAGCAUUUCUGGCAAAGUAGACAUAUUCCAUGGCAUCUGUACAUCUUCACACGCAGUUGAAGUAUUCUUGGGAAUAUAUUCCUGUACCUAAUUCUCUUUAGUUUCUCAGUAUAACUUUGAGGCUGGCAGUGGAUGGAUUAAUUCAGGCAGCUAGUGCAUUGAAUCUGAGUUUUUUUGGAGGUGUAUGUUCUCAUAAGAAACAUUACAGCACAAAAUAUUAACCAGUUCAUUGGCUCUAUAAAAUCUGUAUUUCACAUAGAGUACUUAUGCUUCCUAAGAUAGAUUCGCUCGUAUGGCUUGCCUCUGUGGAUUAUGUAUGUAUUUAGAAAGGAGCAUGUAAAUAUGUACUGAGUUUGUAACAUAUUUUUGUGAAUAUAAGUAGUGGUUCACAGUAGUGACAAAAAUACUGUGCAAAUUUUGGUUUGAAAGUGGUGGAAGGAGACCACAUAAUAGUUGAUUAUGUAUAAAUGAAUGUGAUUAGCAUGGAUAGUGCCUAUUUGCAAUUUGUCAAUAUUGUCAGACAUUGGAGAAAAUGUGAUAUUGAAUGUUUUGGCAUGGAGCUAUUUUUUUCCAAUGCCAGGAGUUGUUAUUUAUUUAAAGGUGUAAAUACUGAGCAGUGACUUAUGAAAAGUUGAUAGAAUACAUCUGAGGAAAUUAUUAACUUGGAAAAAAAGAAGGAAACUUGUAGAUCUCAGAUGAUGCAAGUGUCUUUUGUAUAUAACAUGAUAAAACACCACUUAAUGUAUAAAUGUUGGUUAAAGCACUCCAUAGGAUUAAGUUUGGAACAAGGUUUGGAUAAAGUUCAAUAUAUAAGAAUGUGAUUUAUGUAUGUUCAUGGUCUAGUACAGUAUUAUUCAUUACUAAUAAUGGAAUCACAGGUCUGUAAUUAAAAAUUACUUUCUUACUAAUAGAUCAUUUAAUGUUAUUUUAUUUCCAGGAUUGAUAGUGGGGAAAUGUCAAUGAAAAUGUACCUUGAAUGAGAUAAUCAUGGGGUAUGUAUUUAAGAAAUGUGAGAAUUUAUUUCAAUAUUACAAUAAGUUUUAUAAAAUUUCUCUGGUGGUUAAUUAUGUAAGAGGAACAGUUGCUGAAUAUUUUCAGCACAUAUUUAUAAAUAAAUAAUGGAAUAUCUGUUAA